GGGGCUGGGUGCGUAGGCGUCGUUCGGUUCGAGGUGCACGAGAUGGAGAUCUAUCAGAAGCGCGUCAGAUCGUCGAGUGUUUCGCAUCGGUCUUACUGCUGGGACGCAGCUGCGUCAUCGCCCCGGCGUCUUUGCAAACUGUUCUAAACUGAAGCAACUUUGGCAUGGGCAGGUGAGCCAGGCUCAUCUCCAAAGAGUCCACCUUCUACGUCAAGCAGACUCCAGAUCUUCACUGGCGCCCUUUCUUCUUCGCCACUCUCAUAAACCACCAGGACUGCAGGAUGUGAACCUCCCAGAGGCAGAUUCUUCUGAUUGGACUCGCAGAUGAAGACUUGCUCCUUCGUGAACAGCGUAGAACGCACUGAUUCUCCUGUACGUCCUGCUGAAGAUUUUCAAGAGAGUAAGAUAUACGGGCGGGAAACGACCUCCUGGGCCUCCAUCGUUGCCAUUGAUUGGCCAUUUCCAUCACCUUUUAUUCGGGUUGCCUCACCACUCCCUCGCCAAAUCGCUGAAAGAUAUAUACCCAUAGUGUGGCUGGAACUGGGAGCUGUAAUUGUCGUGUUUGUAACUUCUUCGGACAUGGCCAGGGAGGUUUAGAAGACUCAAGAUCACAUAUUUGCGUCUCGCUCUCCGGAGAUUCUUACAGGACUUGAGUGCCUGCAAUAAAGCUGCUUGCAAACUUAAAUAUCAUGCAACCACUCAUUAACGGGGAUGUUGGCUUUCUCUCCAGCCAAGUU